AUGCCCAUCCAGACCGAUUGGUAUUCUCGCAUUUUUUUAGAAAGGCCGAUAUCAAGCCUUAUCCAUGAUGAUGUUUUGGACAACGCGAGGCGUGGCAUGGACUCAUUGAACUUCACAGUGGGAAAGAAGCUUGCAGUUUUGGCUGGUGAUUUUCUACUUUUCAGGGCAUUUUCUGCUGCUGUGUCUCUUGACAAUACUGAGGUUGUAUCAUUACUAGCAACUGCUGUAAAUAACCUUGUUACUGGUGAGCUUAUGCAAUUGACAAUAACCCCAGCACAACGCUGCAGGUUGAGGUGUGAUGUGGGGUGCGGGUGUGAAGGUUUCACCGUAUCAGAUUAG